AAAAAACAAAAAAUAUAACAAAAUACUGUCAUGAAACAUGGAGUAUUAAUGAUAUUUUUCUUUUUAUAUUUAAGAAAGGUUUUCCUAAAAGCCAGUAACCCUCGAUCGUGUUCUGUUUCGUCUGCGACAGUACAUUUUGUGACGUCAUGUCCUUCCACUUUUGAGGAAUACAAGAGAAGGUCAGAAGCCAAAGGUUGCCAAUAUAUAAGCCAAGACUGCAUCUCACCUGAUAAAUUUAAAUACCACUGUGUUCUCAACAGCUAUGGCAAUGCUACUUUAGAAGUUUGUGCACCGGUGUUUUUCAUAACAGGCUACUGCACAGAGUACAAUACAGAGGGGAAGGUCAUUCAAGACCAUUACAGCAAAGACUGUACACGGUAUGCAGAGCCUUGCCCUUCUCGCUACCUUUCUACUGAUGGAUACAAAUAUCAUAAAUGUUUUACAACCCAUCCUAAUCCUUCAGAACUUACUUCGCAGAAAUCACGUCUUACCAGGAUCGGUCUUUUAGUUGGAACAUCCUUAAUCUUAAUUGCUGGAAUCAUAUCAACACUAAUGUGGGAGAAAAUCAAAAAUAUCAUUAAAUUUCCAUGGAAAAAAGAAAAGAAAGUAAAUCACCCACCUGCUGCAGAUGAAUUGUCACCAAUGAACACCAACUAAGGCGCCAAUAAAAUACAUGAUGCAAAAAGAAGCAACAUUUAUUUAUUCUUGUUUUAAUGAAGAUUAAAUUUUUAGUCUAUAUAUUUAAUUUUUUUCUGUUAAAUUCAGUACAUUCCAUUGAUCAUGUUGCCUCGUUAAAUAAUGAAUGAUUGUUCAAAUGACUUGUGAACAAACCCCCAUAACUGUACAAGAUAAGAGACAAAAAAUAAAAAAUAAAAACAAAAACAUGUUUUCUUUAUGUGAUAUUGCAUAAAUCAAAAAUGAUACACAACGUAAUAAAACAAUUACUAUACAGUA